CAGAAGUAAAUCACAGCAACAGCUCCCUAUGCGCAUGUCACCGUCGAGGGGAUUUUAAAUUGAGAGGAGCGAAGGAGAGCAGACAAGAUGGUGAAAAAAGCAGUAGACUCCCGGAUUCCGGCAUUGAUUCGCAAUGGCGUCCAAGAAAAGAAACGAAGCUUCUUUGUGGUUGUCGGAGACAGGUCGAAAGAUGUCAUUGUGCACCUCCACUAUAUCAUGUCGAGUAUGGAUAUGAAGCAAAACAAAUCGGUGUUAUGGGCAUACAAGAAUAAACUCCUAGGCUUCACAAGUCACCGGAAGAAGCGCGAGACUAAGAUUAAGAAGGAAAUCAAACGAGGCACACGAGAAGCCAAUACGGAAGACCCUUUCGAACUUUUUGUUUCCCUCCACAACAUCCGCUAUGUAUACUACAAGGAGACGGACAAGAUUCUUGGAAAUACCUACGGGAUGUGCAUAUUACAAGACUUCGAGGCCAUCACACCAAAUUUACUUGCCAGAACCAUUGAGACUGUUGAGGGAGGUGGCCUGGUUGUACUCCUUCUGAAGGGAAUGACCAGCUUAAAGCAGCUCUACACUUUGUCCAUGGAUAUCCACUCUCGAUAUCGAACAGAAGCACACGACGAUGUUACAGCAAGAUUCAAUGAGCGAUUUAUCCUAUCAUUGGGAAAGUGUGAGUCGUGCCUGGUCAUUGAUGACGAGCUCAAUGUUUUGCCCAUCUCUGGAGGCAAAAACGUAACGGCUUUGCCUCCCCCGGAUUUGGAUGAGCCGAAGAGCGAAUCGCUGAAGGAAUUGGAUAACAUGAAGGAAGCGUUACAAGAUACGCAGCCAGUUGGAUCUUUGGUGACUUUGGCCAGAACCGUCGACCAAGCUAAGGCACUAUUAACCUUCGUGGAUGCUAUUGCGGAAAAGACCUUAAGAAGUACAGUAACUCUCACCGCAGCAAGAGGACGAGGAAAAUCAGCUGCUCUUGGUGUUGCGGUGGCGGCAGCUGUGGCCCAUGGAUAUAGCAAUAUCUUCAUUACUUCUCCGAGCCCAGAGAACCUGAAGACUCUUUUCGAGUUCAUCUUCAAAGGGUUUGAUGCUCUCAAUUACUUGGACCAUGAAGAUUACUCCAUCAUUCAGUCAACAAAUCCGGAUUUCAACAAAGCAAUUGUGCGAGUUAAUAUUCACCGUCAACAUCGUCAAACUAUCCAAUACAUCAGACCGCAAGAUGCACAUGUUCUUGGUCAGGCAGAACUGCUAGUGAUCGAUGAAGCAGCCGCAAUACCUUUGCCUCUCGUUCGGAAAUUGAUGGGACCCUAUCUGGUUUUUAUGGCUUCCACGAUCAACGGAUAUGAAGGAACAGGCCGGUCGUUGUCCCUAAAGCUGAUUAAACAACUUCGAGAAAAAUCGAGAGGAACUGCUAAAAUGAAUGGGACUGAAGAUGCUGAAGUAGCCGACCGUUCAACUGGGAAAGCUGCCAAGGUUCCGGACAGCAGUUUCUCUGGUGGCCGCUCGCUUCGGGAAGUGACCCUCUCAGAACCAAUUCGUUAUUCCAAAGGGGAUGCUGUUGAGAAGUGGUUGAAUACCGUCCUUUGUCUCGAUGCGACUCUCCCAAGAUCCAAAUUAAACACCCUGCAAGGUUGUCCAGAUCCAUCACAGUGCCAGCUUCUCAAUGUCAAUCGUGACACCCUCUUUGCUUUCCAUGAAGUUUCAGAGAAGUUCUUACAACAAAUGGUCGCACUUUAUGUUGCAAGUCACUACAAAAACUCACCAGACGAUUUGCAAUUAAUGAGUGACGCCCCAGCGCAUCAACUUUUCGUACUCGUUCCGCCGAUUCCAGAGGAUAGCAAGCAUUUACCGGAGCCGCUGUGCGUCAUUCAAGUUGCUCUCGAAGGACGAAUCAGUAGGGAGAGUGUGAAAAACAGCUUGAGUAGAGGCAGAAGAGCCGCAGGAGAUCUCAUCCCGUGGAUUGUCAGUCAACAAUUUCAGGAUGAAGAAUUUGCUGGUCUAUCGGGAGCACGUGUUAUCCGAAUAGCAACGAACCCAGACUACAUUCAGAUGGGAUAUGGAAGCAAGGCCCUCGAGCUUUUAGUGGAUUUUUAUGAGGGCAAAUUCGCGAAUCUCUCUGAAGAAGCCAAUAGCUUCGUGGAGGAAAGUAUCACUAGAGUCACAGAUGCAGAGCCGGCCAAUGCCUCUCUGUUAGACGAUGAUAUCAAAGUCAGAGAUAUUCGAAAGAUGCCACCACUAUUUUCUAAGCUUGCUGAGCGUCGCCCCGACAAGCUUGAUUAUGUGGGUGUGAGCUAUGGUCUCACACAGCCCUUGCACAGAUUCUGGAAGCGAGCUUCGUUUGCUCCUGUAUAUUUGAGGCAAACACCCAAUGAGCUCACGGGAGAGCACACAUGUGUUAUGAUUCGCCCUAUUGGGAGUCGAGAAGAGAUAUCAUGGCUUGGAGCAUUUGCUCGAGAUUUCCACAAUCGAUUCUUGAAGCUCCUCAAGUACCAAUUCAAAGACUUUGCAGCUGUUCUAGCACUUAGCAUCGACGAAUCCGCAAGCAUGGGCUCUAAGCUUGAUGACUCGAUCCAACCUCAACACUUCACCAAAUCCGAACUUGACAGAUUGAUGUCUCCCUUCGACCUUAAAAGAUUGGAGUCGUACGCAAACAAUAUGCUAGACUACCAUGUUAUUUUGGAUCUGAUUCCAGAUCUUGCAAAUGCAUACUUCACAGGACAGCUUAAGUCGGAUAUCAAGCUCACUGGCAUCCAACAAUCGAUUCUUCUCGCCGUUGGUUUGCAAUGCAAAGACCUCUCUUCGAUAGAACAGGAAUUGAAUCUCCCCUCUUCCCAGUUAUUGGCGAUGUUCAUCAAGAUCAUGCGGAAAAUGAGUUCUCACUUUGGUGCUUUGGUUUCCGGUGCACAUGAAGCCAAUAUGCCGAAAAGAGAGGACAUAGGAGUCAGCCGAGAAGACGCAAGUGGUGCUUUAGAUGAUGAGAUUGUUGAUACCCGAUUUGUGCCAUUGGAGACUGGUCUGCAAGAGGAACUCGAAGAAGGCGGCGAUGAAGCCUUGAAGGCGUUGAGGGAAAAGCAAAGAGAGUUGAUUGAUGCAUUGCCUCUGGACCAAUACGAGAUCGAGGAAGGAGCUCCAGGAUGGGCAGAUGCAGAGAGGCAAGUUCUGACUGCUACAAAGAGUGGCUACAAGAACCCUGUAGUGAGUGUGAAGAGCAGCAAGACUAAGAGGAAGGCAGGCGAAACUGCUGCAGAGAUAUAUGAACAGGAAAUGGGAGAAAAGGCGCAUAAAAAGGCAAAAAGAGGGUCCAAAAAGGGAAAAAAUCGAUCAUAAUAGAGUUAGUCUCUUGUCAAUAAAUGACACGAGCCAUGUCCAACGGCUUGUAUAACUCA